GCGCCACACACACCGCACCGCCACACCUUCUUCCGCUGGCACCCUUUUGACCGUUGAUCCAUGCUUUGCGGCAAGAGAACAAGCAAGCAAGCAAGCAAGCUGACACCGGUCAAAGACAGAGAGUGCGCGCGCGAGAACUUCCAUUCCUCCUCAUCAUUUCACCAUCAAGCAUCUGGCGGGGAGUGUUGUUUGUUCCUGAUUGUGCGAGCCGUUUGCCAUUCCGAUCAGCCGCCCUUCCCUUCCACCAACAACAACAACCUCUCGACCAACGCCUCCUUCUUUGUUGCAGCAUCGAUAACCCCACCACCUUCCUCCCUUCCCAUCACAAACCUUCUGUGAGACUUGUACUACUACGACUUCUACCACUACCCGACCCCUCGCCGCGUGCUUGCACUCCUUUGUCGAGCGACCGGCACCAAGCACAUUAUGGAGACAGCAUCUCCACACGCUCGUCAGAGCAACAACAGCAUCAACAGCAGCGUCGCGCAAGCCACACUGAUGACGGCAUCCCCUUCUCCAGCGGCAGACCCGUCUCUCGCUGUUCGCAUUGGGGCCACGCCGUACACCUCCCUCCACUUUUCGUCUCCCCAACUGCUCCCAUACCAGCUGAACCACCUUCUCAGCGACGCCACUCCGACCCUUGUUCCACAGCAGCAGCCACAUCAGCAAGCUCACAACCCAGCAGCAGGAGGCAGCACCUCCACGACGCCGUCCGCUCAACAGCAACACGUCAAUGCCUUUCAGCCAGAGGGGCUGCUGCUCUUGAGUCAGCUCUGCAGCCCCCAUCGCAAGGGAAAAUUCUCUUCUCGACAAACAGCAGCGACAUCAUCAUCAUCAGCAAAGCCGGUCAAACGGCGGCUGAUUGACGAGAUGGACGAUGAGGAACCCGAGGCUUCAGCGCCUUCUCGCUCAAGCAAUCCCUCCAAGAAAAGGUCCUCAAAGAGGCGCAGUGGGGAGCAACACCGACAGCCGCCCAACAAGACUGCCAAUGUUUCUGCCCGCAGCAGUGACGCACCGAGGAAGAAGCCCAAGAUGGCUCGGCGCGCCAGCUCGUCCGGUUCCGCAAAAGCCAACUCAGACAAGGAGGGCGGUCGACACGACAAGUCCCUUGGACUGGCCACCCUGCGGGUGCUGGGGGUGUUGCUUCGACUCAACCCUCCGUUUGUGCUGCCUCUCAGCAUUCUCUCCGAGCUACUUCAGGUGAAGCGCCGCCGGCUUUAUGAGAUUAUCAACUUGUUGGAGGCACUGAACUUUGCACGCCGCGGUGGCCGCAACAAGCUUGUUUGGCUUGGUAUUCAGAACUUCCAUGCCACGCUGGCAACCAUUGGCAAGGACCCAGCUGCCGCAAUCAGCGACCCCUCCUUCCUGAGCCAAACGAACCGGUCAAACGUCCUGGCCAGGCUCACCAUUCUGUUUGUGGCCUCCCUCAUCAAGGACACGCGUGUCGAUCGACUGGAGGAUGUUGCAGACCUGCUCGGGGAAGAGGGGGAUCCAGGCGCGUCCAGAUAUCAGACCCGGCUGAAGCGUCUGUACGACAUUGCAAACUUUCUCUGCACCAUUGGGCUGGUGAACAAGGUGUUUGACCGCCCCCGCACUGCGAGCGGACACCGGAAGCCGUCCUUUGUGUGGACGGGCCGCUUGCGCAACAUCCCUGGCCUUGACACGUACAACGCGCGCUCUGAACCAAGCAGCAACAGCAACGGCACAGAGACCGGCACGUGCGGUGCCAAGCUGUCCAUGCCGUUUGUGGAUGUUGAGAACCUUGACUGCGACCCACUGCCACGACCGCCAGCAGCGGAGAUGAAGGCGUGGAUGCAAGAUGAGGGCGAAGAGGCGGCGCUGCUCGUUGCCAGCUGUCGUUCGGCGGAGGAGGCAAAGGGGGCACUGCACGCCUCCACACAGCAGCUGUACCAACGCCUGUUUGUGUCUGUCAUGGCACACGCGCUGCAGUCGCCAUGCAAGCCCGAAGCCGUCAAAGCCGAGCCGGUGGCACACGAUGAGCAGCCUGCAUCGUCUCCACCACCUGUUACACAACAACAGCAGCAGCAGCAGCAGCGAGACGAUGAGGAGGCGGCGCAGGAGGAAGAGGAGCAGGAGCAGCAGAAACGACACCAAUCCCCACCCUCGCCUGCCGUCGAAGUGCCUCAUCGCCAUCACUUCAACCAGCAGCAGCAGCAGCAGCAGUCAAGCUCUUGCGGCUCCAGUGAACUUAGCGAAAGGGAAGAUGAUGGCGCGUGUGCCAGUGGUGAUGACGGCAUGCAUGAUGAUGAUGACGAUGACGCGGCUUCGGUGUGCAUGAGCGAACCUGACAUUUCACAACGCUCAUCGGCGUCCACGGCAUCAAGUUUGACGGCAACAGCAGCAACGGCAGCAACAGCACCCGCCGCGUGCAUGGGCCCACAGCACACCAGCCACAUGGCCAGCCCGGCCGGUAAGGUGUCGGCGCUGGUGGCGACGACAAAGGGUGGCUUUGAUGCACGUGGCAGUGCACUGCGUUCGGAGGACUUUGACGGCGACGACAUGCUGCAGCCCGCAUCCAGCCCCGCCUUUCCCGAUGAUGACCGCGAUGGUGGUGAUGACGCGGCUACUUCCCAUGCUGCCGUCACAACAGGGUCCUCUCAGACACUUGCCACACCUGCGACACCCGCUGCUCUCACGGCGCAAUACAGCGACCACCAGCUUUUGUCAUCGCCCGCGUCAACGUGCGCCACGACAGCUCCAGUCCCAUUUUCACCGAUUCCUGUUCAAGUGCGGGAAAUGAUCGGCGCGGACGGAAGGCCGAUGCUUCAGGUGCAUGUGCUUGCAGAUCCAAACGGCCUCCUUCCUGAAGACAGCCGCGUGUUCACGUUUGAGGUUCCCGCGCAAUAGUUGCGGCGCAUACACAUAGCGUAGAUACUCGAUUCCCUCCCCCCUGUUCCCCCUCUCCCUUUGUUUUUUCCUUGCUUUUGUUGUGUUGGUUAGCUUGAACCUGUGCUUGUUACGAAUGUGUGUGCGAUCGCAAGAACGCGUUGCUGUUGCCGUUGCCGUUGCUGUUGUAUGCGUAUGUGGGGUUUAUUUACACAUCAUUACAUGCAUCCACAUCUAAUAAAGACUGCUCCUCUGCCAUGUCAUUACCUG